GCGGGGAGGCGGGGACGCGGCAGCGGCUCGCUCCAGUCGCGUCUCUCUCGCUCUCUCUCUCUCUCUCACUGGGGAGCCCGGCUGUGGCGGCAGCGUUCGAGGCUGGGACUUGCUGCACUGAGAGCCGUGUCCGCCGGCUAGAGCCUGAGGAGAGGCGUCGGGCCAGGUGCGCCGGCGACGGAGUGGACGGAAGCGCGGACAGCGGGAGCAGCCGAACGGCGCGCGUCGCCUCAGGUUCCGCCAUGAGCUGGGGCACCGAGCUGUGGGAUCAGUUCGACAGCUUAGACAAGCAUACACAGUGGGGAAUUGACUUCUUGGAAAGAUAUGCCAAAUUUGUUAAAGAGAGGAUUGAAAUUGAGCAGAACUAUGCAAAACAAUUGAGAAAUCUGGUUAAGAAGUACUGUCCCAAACGUUCAUCUAAAGAUGAAGAGCCAAGGUUUACCUCGUGUAUCGCCUUUUUUAACAUCCUUAAUGAGUUAAAUGACUAUGCAGGACAGCGAGAGGUAGUCGCAGAAGAAAUGGCACAUAGAGUGUAUGGAGAGUUAAUGAGAUAUGCUCAUGAUCUGAAAACGGAAAGGAAAAUGCAUCUCCAAGAAGGUCGAAAAGCUCAACAAUACCUUGACAUGUGCUGGAAACAGAUGGAUAAUAGUAAAAAGAAAUUUGAAAGAGAAUGUAGAGAGGCAGAAAAAGCACAACAGAGUUAUGAAAGAUUGGAUAAUGAUACUAAUGCAACCAAGGCUGAUGUUGAAAAGGCCAAACAGCAGUUGAACCUGCGCACACAUAUGGCUGAUGAAAAUAAAAAUGAAUAUGCUGCACAGUUGCAAAAUUUUAAUGGAGAACAGCACAAACAUUUCUAUGUAGUGAUUCCUCAGAUUUAUAAGCAACUACAAGAAAUGGAUGAACGAAGGACAAUUAAACUCAGUGAAUGUUACAGAGGAUUUGCAGACUCAGAACGUAAAGUUAUUCCUAUCAUCUCAAAAUGCUUGGAAGGAAUGAUUCUUGCAGCAAAAUCAGUUGAUGAAAGAAGAGAUUCUCAAAUGGUGGUAGACUCCUUUAAGUCUGGUUUUGAACCUCCAGGAGACUUUCCAUUUGAAGAUUACAGUCAGCAUAUUUAUAGAACCAUUUCUGAUGGGACCAUCAGUGCAUCCAAACAGGAGAAUGUGAAGGUGGAUGCCAAAACCACAGUAGGAAAGGCCAAAGGCAAAUUGUGGCUCUUUGGAAAGAAGCCAAAGCCACAGUCCCCACCCUUAACCCCUACUAGUUUAUUCACAUCCAGUACUCCUAAUGGGUCCCAGUUUCUCACAUUCUCCAUUGAGCCCGUGCAUUAUUGUAUGAAUGAAAUAAAAACAGGGAAGCCCAGAAUUCCUUCUUUCAGAAGCCUCAAAAGAGGGUGGUCGGUGAAGAUGGGCCCAGCACUGGAAGAUUUCAGUCAUCUGCCACCAGAACAGAGACGUAAGAAACUGCAGCAACGCAUCGAUGAACUUAACCGAGGAUUGCAGAAAGAAUCAGACCAAAAAGAUGCACUCAACAAAAUGAAGGAUGUAUAUGAGAAAAAUCCACAAAUGGGGGAUCCAGGAAGUUUACAGCCUAAAUUAGCAGAGACCAUGAAUAACAUCGACCGCCUACGAAUGGAAAUCCAUAAGAAUGAGGCCUGGCUUUCUGAAGUUGAAGGCAAAACAGGUGGGAGAGGAGACAGAAGACACAGCAGUGACAUAAAUCAUCUUGUAACACAGGGCCGAGAAAGUCCUGAGGGAAGUUACACUGAUGAUGCAAACCAAGAAGUCCGUGGGCCACCCCAACAGCAUGGUCAUCACAGUGAAUUUGAAGAUGAAUUUGAGGAUGAUGAUCCCUUGCCUGCUAUUGGACACUGCAAAGCUAUCUACCCUUUUGAUGGGCAUAAUGAAGGUACUCUGGCAAUGAAAGAAGGUGAAGUUCUAUACAUUAUUGAGGAGGACAAAGGUGAUGGAUGGACAAGAGCCCGGAGACAGAAUGGCGAAGAAGGCUACGUUCCCACGUCAUACAUAGAUGUAACUCUAGAGAAAAACAGUAAAGGUGCAGUAACUUACAUCUAAACUAACCAGGCAGCUUUUUGCCAUGUAUGACUUAGGGGCGAUACCAUAAAAUGAAAACACACUCAACAGGUCAGAAAAACAAAAAGGUUAAAGGGCAUCUUGAUUUAUUGUUCACUAUGUGAGCUGAGUGCAGACUUGACCAGAGAGAUGUGAAUAUUGCCACAAGACACUCUCUUUGUGACGCCUUACCUUUUGAGUAACGUUGGUGUGGAAGCUUAAUUGAUGCCUUUUGCUUUAUGUCCUGCUUAAGUCUGUGUAAAAGGUGUGUGCUUUUCUGCCUUAUAAAUAGAAUUUGAUUAUCAGGCAAGAGUCUUAGGUAGAAUGUUCUCUGCCCCUGUGCUUCAGAAAACACAGAAACUGUGGUGAAUUCAGAUAAGUAAACCUGCUCUGAACUAUGAAAGCUGAUUCCCAAGAGUGGAUUCCCAACCUGGAGCUUCAAUUACAGCUUCAAUUUCUAGGAAAAAAAGUGAUAGUUGGAUAAUUGGGUACAGUCAUUUUCCUUGCUGUUCUUAACUUUGAUUUCCUAAAUGAAGAAAAUGAGUACCCAGUACAUAAUCAAGUAAAGUCACCAUGUCUAGCUCUGAUGUGAAAAAAUAUCAUUGAGACCUAAAAAUAUUUGCAGGUUUAUUGGUAAUUUUCAAUAAUGUGCAGAGUUCAUUCCAAGUUAAUCUUAGGCUUUUAUUUUCACUUGAAAAUGUCUUUUUGGAAUAUCACAUUAAUGAUUACUUAGCAUUUGGCAGUUACACAUAGGAAAAAUAUAUUCUAAGUCAGUGAAGAUAGAAGAAAGCCUGGAAUGGAGGAGAUAUAUUGGCAAAGUUUACUUUUAGAAGAGAAACAGCUUUUUUUGACUAAUUCAGUUGAAGGAAAAUAUCUGCUAAAACAUUCAUUUUAGCUGGAUCCCCAGUGGAUUCCUUUUUUUCUCAUUUAUCUCCACGAGCAUGUGUUAGAAUUGUAUACUCAAGAGUUAUACAGUGGUAGUCAUGUGGUCACGUCCUCUGUUAGUUGAAUGGGGAAGGGAGGAAGCAGUAACAUUGACCUUUUUGCUUAUGUUUCAAAAUUUCUGAUGUUUUUAAUAGCUGACUAUAAAAUGAUUUUAGGACAUUUGAGACGGACACUUUAAACUGAAUACCCCUUUUGGUCUUACCAAAGGUCUUCAGUAAUUGUUUUUUUCUUUUUCCUCCUGGA